AUGGCAAGGUUCUCAGAGCAUAGAGCGCCAUGUCUGCUACUCCUUGUGUUUCUUCUCCACUCAUCUCUGCGAUUGCAGCUGUCGCAAGGGCUCGAACAAAGACGGAAACCACAGCUUACUAGCAAAGGCAAGUUGGUAAGGUCCAUCCCAUUCAUUGUAUACAUCGUCUACCUUGGGCAGAGGCAACAUGAAGAUGUCAGUCUCGUCACCUCUUUGCACCACGACUUGCUCGCUUCCGUUCUCGGAAGCAAGGAGGCGGCUCUCGAAUCGAUUGUCCACAGCUACAGAUAUGGUUUCUCGGGCUUUUCUGCAAUGCUUACUGAAUCACAAGCGAGAAAGAUCCAGACGCUGCCUGGAGUGGUGAGUGUGAAAGAGAACACAAUGGUACGCAUGCAUACUACUCGGAGCUGGGAUUUCCUUGGGCUGUCCAUGGGCGUGGACAUCAAGCAGGAGCAGCAGCCAAAUGAGCUCCUUGCAGCAGCAAACCAUGGAGAUGGGAUGAUAAUCGGUGUCAUCGACUCAGGUGUUUGGCCUGAGUCACAGAGCUUCGCUGAUGAUGGCUAUGGACCUCCUCCUUCAAAAUGGAAGGGAACUUGCCAAGCCGGUGCCAACUUCAGUGCCCACGAUUGCAAUCGAAAGCUCAUCGGUGCGCGGUGGUAUGCUGGCGCUGACAUCGACAGGAGAUCUCUCCAAAGUGACUUCCUGUCUGCCAGGGAUUCUCAUGGCCACGGCACCCACACAGCCUCCACAGCCGGUGGCAACGUCGUCCACAACACCAGCUUCUUCGGACUGGCUGCUGGAACGGCUCGUGGUGGCGCACCUCGCGCCCGGAUAGCAGUGUACAAGGCUUGCUGGGGUUCUUGCUCUAUCGCGAGCGUUCUGAAAGGCAUCGAUCAUGCUAUCCAUGACGGUGUUGACGUCCUAUCGCUCUCUCUCGGAAGCACGAACGAAAUGGCAGCACUAGGAACGCUGGGUGCGGUGGCAAGAGGCAUCCCGGUUAUCAUGGCAGGCGGAAAUGAUGGACCUACAGAAGAAACGGUGGAGAAUUCUUCACCAUGGCUACUCACGGUUGCUGCAACCACGGUUGAUCGAUCAUUCCUCACGGUUAUCACCCUCGGGGAUAACCGACAGUUUGUGGCACAAUCCAUGUAUGUGGCAGAUAAAGGUGGAGAUGAGUUCUCUGAACUUCUGUAUUACUUUAAGGAUAGGUGUGACCCGGACUACAUAAACAGCACUGACAUACACGGGAAGGUGGUAUUCUGCUACACACCAGGACCGGGUAGUGUCUCUGCACCACCCAAGUAUGCAGAUAUUGCAGCGACGGUGCAGAGAAAUGGAGGGAAGGGAUUUAUAUUCUCACAGAAUAAUCUGGACUCUCUUGAUCUAUAUGCAAUUAAAGGACCGGCCCUUCCUUGCGUUCCUCUCGAUUUCAAGACUAGCUAUCAACUCCUUAUAAUUAUGGCAGUCGCAUUGGCAUCCCAAAAAUAA